UGCGGAUCUGGUUGCUAAACCAAACUUGGGAUUUUUUUUUUCUUCCUCUUGCUUUUGGGGACAUACACUAAUGAUGAGAUGAGUGUGUGAAGCAGUCCUUCCCUGCUGGCACCCUCCCAGUCGGCCUUGUCUUAAGAAACUAAUUCUCCUGCCCCUUCAGUUUUGAUGUCCUAAGGGAGAAAAUUCCUGCAGCUGCAACCAGCCAGCCGUGAUCUCCUAGAAGCAGAAAUGGUUCUUGCACGCCUGCUGUGGUUUUUCAUGAUGUCAUCCAUUCAUCAUUGUGAGCUGACUGGCUGCCCCCCAGGCCUUGGCCAGCUGCCCAUGGUCAGAAGGGAAGAGACAGAUCCCAGGACAACUGUUCAGAGGGCCCCUGAACAUGUGCAGACAUGAUGACAUCAGAUCCACCUAGAAAGCCUUGGUGGAAAUCAAAGAAGACAAUAAAAAUUACAAGAUCUUAUCCAACCUUCCCUUCCUUGAAUGCCUGGGAAAAACUCAGGGGCCUCUUGGCUGUGGAUGGGGAACGCAACCCUGGAGUGGACCUCGGUGUGGAGGAAGGACUACUCUGCCAGAUGCUUCAUUCUCCAGAAUUCAACCUGUUUCCUAACUCCGUGGUGUUCGAAAGCAACUUUGUCCAGGUUAGAAGGAACAGAAACUGGAAAGAAAUCUACAAGGCCUCCAACACAAUGGCCCUUGGAGUGACCUCUUCCGUGCCUUGCCUUCCCCUUCCGAACAUCCUCCUGAUGGCCAGAGUCAAAUGGGAUCAUGGGCAGAGCCAGACAUGGAACAAGCCAUCCACAGCCCCAAGCAUCAUCCUGAAGAGCAUUCUCCCUUUGAAGUUUGUGGAGCUCCAGAUCUGUGACUACCACGCACGCGUCCUGCAGUUGAGGACAGUCACUGAGAAACUCUACUACCUAAAGCUCCACCCUGACCAUCCUGAGACUGUCUUCCACUUUUGGAUCCGCCUGGUUCAAAUUCUGCAGAAGGGUCUGUCCAUCACCACCAAGGACCCUAGCAUCCUUGUCACUCACUGCCUGGUCCCCAAGAACCUUUGCAGCCCAUGUGGAAAGUCUGAGGCAGUGCAAAAGAAACCUCAAGGCCCCCGGUCUAGUGAGAGUCUCAUGCAGCUGAUGGCCCAGGGGGAGAGUGAGGCCCUAUCCCUGAUCCUCACAGAUUUUCAUCAACAGAAACAGCACAGUUCCAGGAGGGGCAAAAAGGUGAAGAUCAAGUACAGCUGCUCAGGGAAAGCCACUCCCAGUGAAAACAGCGUCCCCUGUACCCGCGACCUCAGUUGGAGGGAUGCGUUCAUGUAUGGAGAGUGGGAGAGAGAGAACCCCUCUGGGCCACAGCCCCUCUCGCUCCUCGGCACUCUGGCUGCCUGCAGCAGGCCAUGGCUGUCCUUAACUGGAGGUACGGUGGUGCUCUCAGGCCUGUUCACCUUGCCCUGGUUUGGACGCUGA